AUGGUUGACGACACAAAGGACAGCACCGUUGGGGAUAGCUCCAUCGGACGUACCUUCGAAUCGUGCAGUAGGACAAGGAGCACUGCGCACAGCGUAUCGGAUAUCCCACCGAUGGGUCGUAGUGAGAAUCGCGAGGAGUCCUCCUUCAAUUCGCUCUCGCUACAACUACUGCCGGAUGUGCCAACCACCCAGGGGGAAAAGCCAAUCAAGUCAAGGAAAAUGAAUACGGAUAUGUGCAAAAAGGGACACACUGAAGGAUGCGUGGACUCCUCGAAAAAGCCAAGUAAUACGGUGAGCAACAGUACAAGGUUCCUAAAGCUACUCAAAGAGAAGAACAUCUUGCGCAACAUUUUAUCAUUCCUGAAGUGCAGUGAUUUGUUGGAGUUGCAAAAGACGUGCUCCAUGGUCUACGUCCUGGUGAGCGACUUCCUGGACUAUAUUUGCCUCCACAUAUUUUUAAAAUUUAAGAGAGCCUACGAGGGGUACUUUACUCCCUUCGAUUGUUUCUACAAGUACGAGGUUCUGUACACGGAUAAUCCGUCCUUCCGCCUAGACUGCAUCCUGCUCGCGAAGAUAGAAAAGCGAGCUGUCGGGCACAACAACCGAUUCGGUUACAAGUACAAGUAUCAGUUUGACGCAAAUCAAAGCAGCUACCACGUUUUUUACAAUUUCAACGUUCUUAAAAAAAACGUAGCGAGAAAAAUCGAAAUUCACAAAGACAUUUCAUAUAACAAUGGAGAUGAUAUUAACGUCUCGCACAUCAUAAGUAACGACGUUUGUGCCAAUGACUAUAUAUGCAUUCCAAUAAAUUUAUUCAACAUUAUUGGCACUGUUAAUUUCCAUUCUAUCACAUUUAUGGAGAAUAAAUUGAGCAGACACGUCACGUACAGCAACGGCUUGGAUGACCAGCUAUGGUAUGAGAGGGAGGAAUACAAAACGCUGAUUAAGGAGGAUAACUUGGUUACUUCUGAGUGUUUUCUUCCAUAUUUGAAGCACGUGAAGACUAUUUACUCCGGGAUCGACGUGACCGUUAUGAAGUCGACCUACAGGGCGGUCCAGCCUGGAAAGCUCGGCCGGCGGAGCUACGCCCUCUGGGGAAACCACUUCAUAAUCGAAAGCAAGCCAGACCCCGUGUUCACCUUUCUGAAGCGAGAGGGGCUGCAGCACGACUACAUUUACCAUAAUUUUUAUCUGCGCGUAGGGGACUCCAUCGUUUUUUACUUGAUCCGGGGCGGCAAUCACGACGUCUGA